UCGAACGGUCCUCCUUCUCCCGUCUCACUUUUCCUUUAGUGAUUAAUGAAAUCGCGUCCCACACGUUGUCCCAGCACGGAAUCGCUUUCAAUUAUAUUAGGAAACAUCCAUAGAAGUCCCGAACAUUUUGUAAAAUAAUAGUCUCCCGUAAAACAUUUUCUAAAGUGACAGAUGUGUUAAACAACCGGUGUUUAGUGAAAAUUGAAUUUGAUCUACAAAUUCAAUUUAAUAGUUUAAGGUUGGAUAAUUGUGAUCGAGUCAGUUGGGGGAAGUGAAAAUCGUCAUACAGAAGGUUUAGUGGCAAAAGUUGAAGUGCCAACGUCGAAUCUGCUUUCUGCCCAGCUUGCACUUUUGAAAAGUCGGCAUGAGGGUCCAAAGGAGAUAAGCGGAACUUGCAAAAGGUCUGGAAGUCAAGUUAGAAAUUAUUUACCUGGUGGCAAACGUUAAGAGGCGCAGUUGUAAAUGAAGGAUUCGUCGACCUAUCCCUCGUAAUUAAAAUCGACAGUACUCGUGAAUAUUUCAAUUAUGCGCGCCUAACUUUCCUCUCGGUGAAAGUUUACCUCGGGUAACUUACCCUCAUUGGGUUCCAGAAGGUCCGUGAACUCAAGAGGACAAGGGUUCAAAAGUGAAAUGAAUAAAUUAAAUGAAGUAAAGUUAACUCCUUAAAUUUGCGAAUUAUCUUUAAUGAAUGUUCGUGAUCGGAAGGAGAAAUGUUACCGAAAGAUGAGGGGUGGAAGUUUUAUGGAAGUUGAGAAGAACCACCCCGAGACUAAGUGCUUUCAUUUUAGUCUAAACGUAUCAAUGAAUCUUGGAUCACUUUUCCGGAAAUAAGGACAAUGUCAAAGGGAAGAGAUUCCUUUGACACACGGUGAUUCCGUCAGUCUUCAUUUUGAGAUGCGAGACAGAUAAUAGAGCCAGCAUGCGAGGAAACUGAGGCUGGUCAAUCAAGCGAUGUCUACCCCUCUUCCCAUUCUCGUCUGUUUAAUAUUUUCUUUUGGCGAUCCAGUAACUUCUAUGAGAAACUUCCGAACUGAUUUUCUAGAAGAAUGGCCAACUCCCGGCACCGGUCCUCACUUCGACACAACUAUGCCAUCAAAUUUCACCGGAUUGGUGGGCCAAACUGUUCACUUAGUCUGCCGGGUCAAAAACUUAGGAAAUCGAACGGUGUCCUGGGUGAGACAUCGAGACAUUCAUUUACUGACAGUUGGUCGAUACACCUACACAAGCGACCAGCGUUUCGAAGCUCUUCAUUCACCACACUCCGAAGAGUGGACUUUGAGGAUACGAUAUCCUCAACGUAAAGACUCGGGGAUCUACGAGUGCCAAAUCUCAACCACUCCUCCUAUCGGACAUCCGGUCUACCUGACCAUAGUCGAACCGGUGACGAUAAUAGUAGGAGCCCCAGAUCUUUUCGUCAACAAAGGGAGCACUAUCAACCUAACCUGCCUCGUCAAAUAUGCCCCCGAGCCACCACCAUUGAUGGUCUGGAGUCAUAACAGAGAGGAAAUAAAUUUUGACUCCCCACGCGGUGGAAUCAGUCUCGUUACAGAAAAAGGACCUGAAACAACGAGUCGACUGAUGAUUCAAAAGGCAGUGCCAAGCGACUCGGGGAUAUAUACCUGCGGGCCAAGCAAUGCCAAUCCUAGCAACAUUAGGGUCCAUGUUGUAAACGAGGAACAUCCAGCUGCAAUGCACCACGGAGAAGGGAGCACUUCUUACAAUAGAGAAAAUCCAACGUGUUUUAUAAUCUUGAUAAUUAUGAUAAUGUUUAUAUGAAGCCGUAGUUUAAUCUAAUUCUUUAAGUCGAAAAAAUCUGUCUUGAAAAUCGUGAAUCGCCUAACCAAUCGCUGAUAUAUCUCGAACUGAAGGAAGACAUUGUGCAGGGUAAAGCUCUUUUAUCGACAGCUCGGUUACGUACUCGUAACUCUGACCAAAAAAGUUUUCCGAUAUAUCAAGGUCUGAUCGGUGAGAGUGUAGUAUUUUGUUAAACGAUAUCAUCCAAAACUGUUCAAA